AUGACACAGUUGGGCUUGCUCAUUGUCUUGGCCUCGGCAGAACUGUACCUGUUGGCCUCCAUGGCUUAUGACCGCUAUGUCGCCAUCUGUAACCCACUGCUUUACCCUGUACUCAUGUCCUCUACAGCCUGUAAUUCCCUUGUGGUUGUUUGCUAUACUUCUGGGAUCAUCAAUUCCUUGACAGUAACGAGCUUCAUCUCGAAGCUGUCCUUUUGCAGGGCCAACAUUGUCAAGAGCUUCUUCUGUGACAUCUGCCCACUGCUGGCUCUGUCCUGCUCUGACACCCAGGUCUGUAAUAUCCUGGUCUUUGCCUUUGGAGCCUUUAUCCAGAUGAGCUCACUACUUGUGAUUGUGGUCUCCUACACAUUCAUCAUCAUUGCCAUUAUGAGAAUCCGUCUAGCUGAAGGCAAACACAAAGCUUUUUCCACCUGUGCCUCCCAUAUGACUACUGUUAGCCUGCUCUAUGGGACACUUAUGUUUAUGUAUUUACGACCCACUUCCAAAUCUGCCCCAAAUCAGGACCAAGUGGUCUCCAUCUUUUACACGAUGGUCACACCCAUGUUGAACCCUAUUAUCUAUAGUCUGAGGAACCAGGAAGUGAAGCAGGCACUGAAGAAGAUCUUAUAUAAGAUCCUAUAUAAGGGCCGAGUUGUCCAGGCAUAA